AUCAGUUAAAUCCCGUUAAAAGACGGCGUGUUUGCAAAAAGAAGUGAUUAACGGAUGAGAAUACAAGGAGACGUAAGCGUCUAUGAUAUCAUUCGAAAACUCCAGCAUGGAUAUCAGAUAUCGUAUCCCGGGAGGUGGGUUUCCAUUUCUGGGUUCAAUAUCUCUGUUGCAGGGAUUUUGGGUGUUGCUGGUUUGAUCUUGGCGAUAAGAGAUGUUAAGACUGGAAACUUUCCCAGCUUGCCGUGGUGGUUUGAGAGGAAGGAUAGUUCGGAGAAAUCAUGGUUCGUAGCUGGUUUGAGAAAUCUUGGCAAUAAUUGUUUUCUGAAUGUGAUUUUACAGGCACUGGCUAGUUGUCCCUCCUUCGUUCUUUAUCUCCAGAAAGUAAUUGAGGAAGUUGAGUUGUUUGAGAAACGGCUUGAAAGCAUGCCUCUUACUGUUGAUUUGGUUGCUUUGUUUGAAGAACUGUGCAUCCUCCAGGACAGGAAGACGGUUUUGAGUCCACGGCGAGUGAUGCUUGGAAUGGAUCUCUAUAUUCCUAAUUUUAAUUUAACAAACCAGCAGGAUGCAGCUGAAGCAUUCCUUCAUCUUCUGUCUUCUUUAAGAGGGGAAUUCUUAGAAUGCUAUGUUCCACAUUGUGGCUCUCUAGCGGAUGUCUUGGUUUCUUCUCUUCGUAGAGUUCCCACUACAAGAAGUAGGGAAGGCCAGAAUGAGUGGGAAAGAUGGCAGCGGCAUUUUCUUGGACCAUUUGAUGGGAUUCUUGGGAGUGUAUUAACUUGUAAAAGUUGUUCAUUUCAGAUCUCAAUGGUUUUUGAGUUUUUCCAUAACUUGCCUCUCUCACCACUGCUGGAUCAUAGCACAACCAUUAUUGAUGGUUGUACCGUGGAGGAUUGCCUAAAGCAGUUCACUGUUGCUGAGUACAUAGAGAAUUAUCAUUGCAACCGGUGUUGGCAUAUUGCUGGUCUGAAAUAUUUAUCGUCUAUAGAACGAAGUGAGGCACAGGUGGAAAAACUCACCUGCUGUAUGGGACAAGAUUCUUGUGAGUGCAGAAAUCUCUUUCCUAAGGAUGCAGUACCGUGGUCAAAUGACUUUUCACAUAGUUUCAAGCAAUUAAGUAUUGCUCGCUGUCCACAGAUUUUAUCCAUUCAUCUCCAACGUGCUUCAGUGAAUAAUUUUGGAGAACUAGUCAAACUUCAGGGCCAUAUAUCAUUUCCUUUGAUCUUGGACCUCUUCCCAUUCACGAAGGAUGCAGUGGGAGUGAAUACUGAAGACCUUAAAAAAAAUAAAUGCAUAAUGCAAGUUAAGCGGCAACAUCACCCAUCCAUCCCUCACCUUAACUAUUUUAAAAUGCCAAUUGAUACACAAAUACUACAGCAAAUAUAUGGAUUGGCAAGAGAUGGCAUCUCUUCAGAAACAGUAGUUAAAGAUGGAUUGGGAUGCUCUGCAGAUAAAUCACGAAGUGACAAAUACUCUCAACCUUUUGAAGGAGAACAAUUGCAAUCAGUUGACAAGGUUAAGAGGACUUGUCCAUCAGCACCUGCAAGGAGUUACAAGUAUCAGCUUGUUGCUGUUGUUGAGCAUUUUGGUAGAGUUGGAAGUGGGCAUUAUACAGUUUAUAGAAGACUAAGGGCUGAGUCAGAUAGCAUAGACACCGAUGGAUGUAUUGGGUGUGCACGUGUUUACUGGUUUGGUAUCUCUGACUCUGAAGUGUUUAGUGUUUCAGAAAAAGAUGUUCUUGGUGCAGAAGCAAGUUUGCUUUUCUAUGAGAGAAUUGAACAGCCCUAAUGGGUGCCUAACUAGUUUUAAACAUGUACUGCAUCAUCUUUCAGGUAUUAUCUGCUGUUGCAUGUCGAGUUAUGAUGUCCCUGAAAUAUUCCUUUCAUUGCAUGCUUAUUAUUCAAAUCAAUUAAUUUUUAAUUUUCA